AUGACCAUCAACAGCUUCGAAAAAGGUGGGGAUGGGGGUGGACCUUCGGAGUGCGACAAUAGUUACCACAGUGAUCAUGAGAGAGCUGUGGCCCUCUCAACAGGUUGGUACCAUCACGGCAGCCGAUGCGGCAAAAACAUCAGGAUCCAUGCAAAUGGUAAGUCCGUACUGGCUAAAGUUGUUGAUGAGUGUGAUUCUGUACAUGGUUGCGACACCCAGCGCGACCACCAGCCACCAUGUCCUCACAAUAUAGUGGAUGCUUCACCGGCAGUGUGGAAGGCUCUCAGGAUCCCUUCGCACGUUGGAGAGCAUAAGAUUACUUGGUCCGAUGCAUGA